UCAGUUCUCGCCUGACGCGCUUUUGAAACGGUUGCUUGCUUGCUGGCUCAAUAAAUAUACACUUGUCGUACCGCUUGGUGUUAAACAAAUAGUUGGCAUUUGCUAUUAAACGGGCACCGGUCUCGCUCGAAAGGAAAUACAGACAUAGAGAAGAAAAAAAAAAGAACGAAAGAAAAAGCGACAAACAACAACUAAAAAUACUGUGUAUACCACAAAUCUAACAGGAAAAUUUUCUUGCUAAAAACAAACAGUCACAAACAUGUCUGCCAAAGCCAUUUCCGAAGCCUCUGGCAAGGAUAUAUUAAAUCGGCAUUUGAAUGUGAAUGGACCUUCCGGUGCGGCUCAGUGUCGGUUUGCAACAGUGAACACCCAAACGGAUUGGUCACAAUUGUCCGUAAGGCAUCCUUGGCUGCUGGACACGCCAUUAGUGGUGAAACCGGAUCAAUUGAUUAAGCGACGCGGCAAAUUGGGUUUAAUCGGCGUUAAGAAAAAUUUCGAACAAGUCAAGCAAUGGAUUGGCGAACGCAUAGAUAAGGAUCAAAAGAUCGGCAAUACUGUGGGCAAGUUGCGUAAUUUCAUUAUUGAACCAUUUUUGCCACAUGACGAGUCUGAGGAAAUGUAUGUCUGCAUCUACUCGCAUCGCAGUGCCGAUACGAUUCUGUUCUACCACCAAGGUGGUGUUGAUAUUGGUGAUGUAGAUGCGAAGGCCUUGAAAUUGGACGUGCUGGUUAACAAUGAAACUUCCGUCGAAGAAAUCACAACAAAACUGUUGGUACAUGUCAACGAUGCUUCGAAGAAGAAGCGUAUCGCCAAUUUUAUUUUCGCUCUUUACCGAGCUUAUGUCGAUCUUUACUUCACAUAUUUGGAAAUCAAUCCACUGGUCGUGACCAAAGACAGCAUGUAUAUUUUGGACUUGGCCGCCAAAUUGGAUUCUACGGCCGAUUUCAUUUGCCGUCCCAAAUGGGGUGAUGUUGAGUAUCCACCGCCGUUCGGUCGCGACGCAUAUCCAGAAGAAGCCUACAUAGCCGAUUUGGAUGCGAAGAGUGGCGCUUCAUUGAAGUUGACAAUUCUCAAUCGCAAUGGUCGCAUUUGGACUAUGGUGGCCGGUGGUGGCGCUAGUGUUAUUUAUUCAGAUACGAUUUGUGAUUUGGGUGGUGCCUCCGAAUUGGCCAACUAUGGUGAAUACAGUGGCGCGCCAUCUGAGCAGCAAACUUAUGAAUAUGCCAAAACUAUUUUGACCCUCAUGACUUCGUCACCAAAGCAUCCAGAGGGAAAAGUGCUCAUCACUGGUGGUGGCAUUGCUAACUUCACCAAUGUUGCUGCAACCUUCCGUGGCAUAAUAACAGCUCUGCGUGAAUUCCAACCCAAACUGGUCGAACACAAUGUGUCGAUUUUCGUGCGUCGUGCCGGCCCCAAUUAUCAAGAAGGCUUGCGCAAGAUGCGCGAAUUCGGCUCCACACUUGGCAUUCCAUUGCACGUGUUCGGUCCAGAGACGCAUAUGACUGCGAUUUGUGGCAUGGCGCUGGGUAAACGAGCCAUUCCACAAACCACAGCUGCAGAAUUCUCCACAGCUAAUUUUCUACUGCCCGGAGGUCAGCAAGCACAGUCUGAGCUCAAGGCCACUGAAACUGCAGAGAGCAAUAAUGGCGGUAUAGGUUCAUCACCACACUCGAUUAAACUACCACCUAUUUCGGCAGAUGACUCUGUUACCAAUGACUCUGUGCACAACAAUGUCGCAAAUGCGCAUACGCGUAAAUUUUUCAGCAACAAAACGAAAGCCAUCGUCUGGGGCAUGCAACAACGGGCUGUACAAUCAAUGCUGGAUUUCGAUUUCAUUUGCAGACGUGAUGAACCAUCCGUUGUCGCUAUGGUAUACCCCUUCACCGGCGAUCAUAAGCAAAAGUAUUACUGGGGUCACAAAGAGAUUCUUAUUCCAGUUUAUAAGAAAAUGUCUGACGCUGUUAAGAAUCAUAAAGAUGUCGAUGUGAUGGUUAACUUUGCCUCAUUACGUUCGGCUUAUGAUUCAACUUUAGAGGUAUUGGAGUUCCCACAAAUACGCACAGUGGCUAUUAUUGCUGAAGGCAUCCCCGAGAAUUUGACCCGCAAACUGAUUGUUUCCGCCGACAAGAAAGGCGUAUCUAUCAUUGGGCCCGCCACUGUUGGUGGUGUCAAGCCUGGUUGCUUCAAAAUCGGCAACACCGGCGGCAUGUUGGAUAAUAUAUUACAUUCAAAACUCUAUCGUCCCGGAAGUGUGGCCUAUGUAUCGCGUUCCGGCGGUAUGUCCAACGAAUUGAACAACAUUGUCUCAAAAGCUACGGAUGGUGUGCAGGAGGGUAUUGCUAUUGGCGGUGAUCGCUAUCCGGGCUCAACAUUUAUGGAUCACAUUCUACGCUACCAGGCCGAUCCUGAGGCCAAGUUGAUUGUGCUGCUCGGUGAGGUAGGCGGCACGGAGGAAUACGAGGUGUGCGCAGCUCUCAAGGAUGGACGCAUAACAAAACCUUUAGUGGCGUGGUGUAUUGGUACAUGUGCCAGCAUGUUCACCUCUGAGGUGCAAUUUGGCCAUGCAGGUUCAUGCGCCAACUCAGAUCGGGAGACGGCUUCUGCAAAGAACAAGGCAUUGCGUGAGGCAGGCGCAUACGUACCCGAAUCUUUCGAUUCGUUGGGUGACCUCAUUCAACAAGUAUAUGCCGAAUUAGUAAAAUCGGGACGCAUUGUGCCCAAAGAAGAAGUACCACCACCCACUGUGCCAAUGGAUUACUCUUGGGCGCGUGAAUUAGGUUUAAUCCGCAAACCCGCUUCCUUCAUGACGUCUAUUUGCGAUGAGCGUGGCCAAGAGUUGCUGUAUGCUGGCAUGCCCAUCAGCGAGGUGCUCAACAAGGACGUGGGUAUUGGUGGUGUGGUGUCACUCUUGUGGUUCCAGCGCUGUCUGCCUCCAUACGUUUGUAAGUUCUUCGAAAUGUGCCUAAUGGUGACGGCUGAUCAUGGACCGGCUGUUUCGGGUGCGCAUAACACAAUUGUGUGUGCACGUGCCGGCAAAGACUUGGUUUCGUCCGUCGUCAGUGGCUUGCUGACAAUUGGUGAUCGCUUUGGUGGCGCUUUGGAUGGUUCAGCCCGGCAAUUCUCCGAGGCCUAUGACUCUAAUUUGCAUCCAAUGGAGUUUGUCAAUCAAAUGCGCAAGGAAGGUAGACUCAUUAUGGGUAUUGGACAUCGUGUCAAAUCGAUUAAUAACCCAGAUGUGCGCGUGAAAAUUAUCAAGGAAUUUGUAUUGGAAAAUUUCCCAGCUUGCCCAUUGCUCAGAUAUGCGCUGGAAGUGGAGAAGAUCACGACAAGCAAAAAGCCGAACCUGAUCCUGAAUGUAGAUGGUGUAAUUGCUACGAGUUUCGUGGACAUGUUACGCAACUGCGGCUCAUUCACGAGUGAGGAAGCUCAAGAAUACAUCAAUAUCGGUGCGAUCAACUCGCUCUUCGUGCUGGGACGCAGCAUAGGUUUCAUCGGUCAUUACAUGGACCAGAAGAGGCUGAAGCAGGGUCUAUAUCGUCAUCCUUGGGAUGAUAUCUCUUAUGUUAUGCCCGAGCAAUUCAACUAAAUUUCCGGAAGAACAUUUAACUUUAAUUGAAGUAACUUUAUGAUAAAUUAAACAAAGAAAAACAUUUAAAUGAAAUGGAUAUGUAUCUUAGUAUACAUAUUUACAGAGUAUAUAUAUAAACUAGUGUGUAUAUAAGCAAAUACAAUGUAUUACAACAAUGCACACAACUAAAAAAAAUACUACAUAUAAAUACACUCCAGUAAGUUUAACUUAAAGUUAUUAACAUGAAAAGUAAAAAUAUAUAAACUUCCAUUAUUUUCCAUAUAAAACUGUUUUAGGUUUCGCAUUUAUUAACUGUUCUUGCUUUAUUCUUCAUUAAUACGUAACUUGGUAAAAAAAGUCCACGCUUUCUUUUUUUAUUAACAUUUGUUAUACAUAAUAUUAUUUAAUUAUGUUCAAAUAUAAAAAUGUAGCGGUGCAGCAUUUUAGCUGUGUUAUAAAUAAACUUGUUUUGGAACUUUCGGCGUCAUUAUUUCAUAAUAAUUUAAUAAAUUAAAUGAAAGUGGUCAACCACAACGAAAUUGUUUACACACGAAAUCUAUAAUUUACUUAAGCUAAGUGGACGCAAUACAUGUUCAACCAAUUACUUAUAAAUGGCAAAACCAAAAGCCGAUUGUUUAACUGAAAUUACCUUUGCCCGAAUCGAGUAUUCGAAUUGAAAUUUGAUUUUGAGAUCACGACAUUCGAUGGCGAGGGGGCUUCGUCAACACAGUGUAUUAAGGAGAAAAAAGCUGUUGAAUUCUAUUCGAUUCAUUUUGAAACAGAUAUGGUUAAUUAUAUUAAAAGUAAUUGUUUGUAUGUAGCCAAUGCACCAUGCACUUAUUAACAAGUAUGCACCUACAUUCGUGCAAUACAACAACAACAACAUGCAUACAUAUAUGUCCAUUCUUCGCUGCUAUAUCAAUAGUAGGAAAUAAUUUAGGAAAUACACUUGAGGGACUGAUAGUUGACUAAACAUUGCUAAAAGUUUUAACGUAUCUGCAAUGGAUGAUAUUUGAAAAAUGUGUAUGUAGCAUAUUACUAGAAUCAACUUAUACGUAUGUAAAUUGUUCUUUUGCACUGAAAUUAUGCACAAAACAAAUUAGAAAGAAAUAAAAUCAAAAAUAUGUAUUGUUAAUAACCGGUAAGAUUUUAAAUCUGUGAAAAAAAGAAAAUAAAAAAUUAAUUCGGCGUACAAAAUUAAGUGUGGUUUACGUGUUAGUGCAUUCAUGCAAUUUUGCAUUUGAACUAAGCGAUGUUUAAGUUAUAUAAUUUGCUUAUGAAAAAACCUCAAAGCUUAAAAAUACAAAUUUGAUUAUGGUCAUUUCAUUCGUUUUAAGCAAAUAAUGAACCGUUGUUGUUUGGGGCAAAACUGGAAGAGUCCACUUGUUUUAUUGGUUUUACUUUUUUUAUGACACUCUAGAAGUAUCGCUAACAUUGAGUUUUCGAAAA